AUGGUUCAGAUUUGCUCAAAGGGUAUUGAUGAUGAAGCUAUAAAUGUUGAACUUGAGAAAAUGUCUGAAGCUUUUGUAAUUGGAGCUUCUACAAAUUCUCCCUCUUUGCCUCUUACUGUGUUGGUUGUUCAGGAUCAUCAAGGAAUAUCCAAUGUGGCACCAGCUGAUGCUCCAUUGCGCCACCUGUCACUUACCAAGGAUUCUGAAAUUGUUGCAGAAGCUAGAAUUCAAGAUUAUAUAAAUAAUCUUCGGUUUUUUAUAUCCCCUACAGCUUUUUUCCAAGUGAACACCCUUGCAGCUGAAAAACUCUACUCACUUGCUGGAGAUUGGGCCAAUUUAGGGCCCAAUACCUUACUUUUUGAUGUAUGUUGUGGGACCGGAACCAUUGGGCUUACCCUAGCCCAUCGUGUUGGAAUGGUGGUUGGAAUUGAAAUGAAUGCUUCUGCAGUAGCUGAUGCAAAUCGGAAUGCUGAAAUCAAUGGAAUCAAAAACUGCAGAUUUGUCUGUUCAAAAGCGGAAGAUGUUAUGGGGUCGCUAUUAAAAGAAUACUUAACAAAAAAACUAGACUCCGGAAUCAGUGAUUCCGAUGUUGGUAUCAAAGAAGAUGAGAAAAAGGAUAUCAAAGAAGUUCAAAAGGAAGAAGAAAAUAAUUCUGUUAAUGAAAAGAAUAAUAAUAAUAAUAAUGAGAAAAAGAUGGAAUAUUUUGAAAAUGUGGUGGCGAUUGUGGAUCCUCCACGUGUUGGACUUCAUCCCACUGUGAUCAAGGCUCUUAGGACUCAUUCACGUUUAAGGAGGCUUGUUUAUAUUUCGUGUAAUCCUGAGAGUUUAAUGGCAAAUGCGAUUGAGCUUUGUACUCCUUCUGAUGAGAGUAAUGAGAAAGGGAAUAAGAACAACAGAGGAUGGAGAAAUAUGAGUAGUGCUGGUUUGGCUCGACAUAGAGCCAAAUCUAUGCCUACUUCUGAACCCUUUAAGCCGGUCAAAGCCAUGGCUGUUGACCUUUUCCCACAUACCCCACAUUGUGAACUUGUCAUGCUUCUUGAAAGGAGGAUAUGGUUGUCGCGUUUUGCGAGAGAAUAG